AUGCCACUUGGGCCUCUAAUCACUCCAAUCCCUGAAUACCAUCAAUCACAAAAACAAAGCUUUAUUGAAGCCUCUUCCACCUUUUUCAAUAACUAUAUUCAAAUCACACAUAACUCUUGGUUUCAAGGAUGGCCAUCUCGACUCUCGUCAUCGCCUCGUCCACCGCUUUCUCCCCAUAACAGGGAGACGCCGUCAAUGGCUGCUGUUACUGCUGCCGCCAUCAGACACUUGCCUGAUUAUUCUGAAGCUGAAACCGACAGUGAGACUCAACCACCAUCGGAUUCCGAGAUUCCGGCCCCGGCCAUUAAUCUUCUCCUCAAAAUGGAACAGCUUAACAGAUCAAAUGAGGAAGACCAGAGAUCAGUGACUUCAAAGAAAAGUGGUGGAUCAAGUGGAUCUACAGGAGGUGGUAGAAGGGAACAAAGCGUUCAGCCGGAGGAGGAAGAGGAAGAUUUAUGGACAGUUUGGGGAGAUCUCAUUCGAAAUUGGGAAUACGAAGUGAAGAAAAGACCAAAUUAUAUAAAGGCUUUGGUGAAACGAGGAAUCCCACAACAUUUUCGAACAAUCGCUUGGCAAUUGUUAUCGAAUGCGUCCGCGUCUUCAAUCCAUGAUCUCUACUCAGAUUAUAUGAGACAAAAUAGUGUUUAUGAAAAGGUGAUUCAACGAGACAUCCCUCGAACGUAUCCUGAACUCGAGUUCUUUAAAGAUGGCGGUCGAGGACAAUCAGCUCUCUUCAAUGUAAUCAAAGCUUACUCAAUUCAUGAUAAAGAAGUCGGGUAUUGUCAAGGAAGUGCUUUUAUCGUUGGACAAUUGCUAUUACAGAUGCCAGAAGAAGAGGCUUUUGCCGUACUUGUCCGAUUGAUGGAAAACUACAGACUCCGAGAGUUGUACAAACCGACAAUGACUGAUCUAGGAUUGAAUAUGUUCCAGUUGGAGUGUAUGGUUCAAGAACAGAUGCCUGAUUUAUAUUCCCAUUUUACUAAUAUGGGUUUCGAUACUUCAAUGUACGCCUCAUCAUGGUUUCUAACACUUUUCACAACGACUCUUCCUUUAGAAAUUGCGAAUCGGAUAAUGGAUUGUUUCCUUGUUGAGGGAAUGGAGUAUAUCUUCUCUGUGGCAAUGGCUAUUCUUCAACAAGCUCGCAUUGAUUUAUUGCGAUUGGAUAUGGAAGGAAUGCUAAAGUAUUUUCAACGAGAGAUUCGAGAACGAUUCGAAAACGAUCCAGAGCUUCUCUUCGCUGUCGCUAAUCAAGUUCAACUAAACCCCAAAAAGAUGAAGAGAUUAGAGAAAGAAUAUAUGACCAAGCGAACAAAAGAACAAGAAGAAGCUGUCGAAUUGAGGAGGCUACGGACGGAGAAUCGGCUGCUCAGGCAAAGAAUAGACUAUCUCGAGGCAGAGUCAAGUGCACUAGCUGAUCGACUUGUUAAAGGACAGGUAAACUUGGCGCAAGAAGCUGAAAACUGUAUCUCGAUCUCUCACGAGAUGCACAAAUUGAGAGACAUCAACUCUGACGCUUACAAGAAAUUGGAAGACGCUUAUGAGACGAUCAGAGAACUCUCUUGUACUAGAAAAGGAGAAAUGGUUGAGAUUGGACUUCAAGUUGAUGAUACAACGAUGAUUGAACACAUUCACGCACUUCAACAAGAGCUCAUUGAAACUCACAAUCGUCAAGCUGACAGCGAGAAUCAGAUCAGAGAUCAGAAGAUCAGGAUACAGGAGCUUGAGACAACGAAUAAACGAUUGAGAGAACAUGAACCAUCUGAGGGAAUCGCUUGUCUGCAAGAGGAACUGAUCUCAGUGAAGAUGAGAGAAGCUGAAGCGAAUCUUUCGUUGAAGGAGAUGCGGCAACGAUUAGCUGAACUGGAACAACAGUGGGCUAAGUACAUUCACAUGAGAGCAUUCGAUCCAACCACCACUGCUCCUCAUGAGAAUGGAAACACUCCAGUCGAUACCCCGGCUACAACUCCUCAACAACCAUCUCCUCCACUCACUUCGGCUAGAGCUCGAUUAGCGAAGAUCACUGCUAGCAUCAUUGGAUCUGGAUCUCCUGACGAGGAUCACGGGAUAUCCAUUAGAGAACUCGAGGAUCAACUAAUGGGAGUGAGAAUAAAAGAGGCUGACACGGUAGCUGAGUUGAAAGAGAUGCGACAAAAAGUGAUGGAGCUGGAGACACAGAACCAUGUUUGCACAAAUCAACUCCGACGACAAGAUGAAGAGUUAAAAAGACUCAAAGAAGACAAGAAUCUCGUUCAAAAGGCUAAAAAAGAAAUGGAGGAAGCGAUGAGAGCUGAGAAGGCGAAGAUUAUGCAGAGAGAAUCGGAGUUGAACGAAGAAAGCAUCAUGCAGAGGUUAAAAUACUCAGAAGCUAUGCAAAACCUUGCUGAUCUACAGCAGAAGAUUAAUCAACUCGAGUUAAAGAGUGCCGAGAAAUGGACCAAGAAUCAAUUGAGAGGGUCAUCAGUGUGUGACAUGGAGGAUGACUCUAGUUGCGCUGGCUCUCAUCAUUCAAUGGUAUCCGGUGGUGAUGCUUUGUCGCUUGCUUCAGAAGAUAUGAGUGCUCUCGUGGCUGAUCUCACCAUGAAAGUCCCCCAACUUGAAAGAGUUCCUGAUGAGAAAGAUGAGACGGAAACUGAAGAAUCUUGUCGACCAAUUGAGAAGCACGACGGAAAUGACACAACUGACUCGGGGAUGCAUCUCUCCGACAGUCGA